GCAGAUAUUCCUACCCUUUCCCUUAAAGAUGGUAUGCUGUGCAUAUCAACUUCUAAAGAAUGGCAGUUGCCACCUGGCUCUUGAAGAAGAGACUAUCAUCUGUUGACAGUCUGUACACAUGUAUUUGUUCAGCAUGCCAGCACAGGCAGAACUGCGCAGCAUAGACAGGUUUUGUGGUGGGUUUGUUUGAGUGGAAAGAUAGUGAAAGUUAUUGUGCAAAACACAAACAUCAGAGUCAGGCAUGGUGGAGUACAUCUGUUAGCUCAGCACUGGGGAGGCUGAGAUUAGAGGGUUGGAAUAACCUGGCCUACAUAGACAAGGGCUGGAGUUGAAGCCCAGUGGUAGAGUGCCUGCUUCAAGUGCACAGGACUUGAAUUUAGUUCUUAGCACUGCAAACACAGUGGGACUGUCAAAUGCAGAUUUGUGUGGUUAACUCACAGUUCCUUCAUCUACACUCUUGGGUGGUGUUUGCCUCCCUCUUAGAGUUUCCUAUUCAAAUGGUUCUUCCCAACUCUCUGAAUUACCCUUCUCUUCACACUGCCUCCUCCAGCACUGGUUCUAGCCUCUGGUUCAUUUUGUCUCCUUCUCUGGAGUCCAAGAAGGGCUCUGCUGGCUUUGUCCCCUGCUGCUUCUGCCUGACACAGGGUGCGCCCUCCAGAAAGAGACAGAGAGACAGAGAGACAGAGAGACAGUGAGAGGGAGGGAGGAAGGGAGGAAGAGAAGGAGAGAGAGAGAGAUAUUGUGUAUGUGUGGUGUGUGUGUGUCCCCAAAACUAUUGGACCUGAGCAAUGCCACCGGGUCCCAAGAUCCAAGCUACCUCUAGUCUCUACAGGGCUGUGACAGUUUCCUUCAUGGUGCUGAUGGGGUCAGGUCUCUGCUUUGCUCAUAGACACGGAUUCUGGUCACCCAUGGCAUCAGCUCCCUGCCCCAAGUGGAUGUCAUCAUUGUUAUGAGUGGCGGCAAGAUAUCAGAGAUGGGUUCCUACCAGGAGCUGCUAGACCGGGAUGGGGCCUUCGCCGAGUUCCUGCGCACCUAUGCCAGUGCUGAGCAGGACCUGGCCUCAGAGGAUGACCGUGUCAGUGGUUCAGGGAAGGAGUCAAAGCCAGUGGAGAAUGGGAUGCUGGUGCCAGUGGGGAAACACUCUCAGAGUGGGGAUGCUGGUCAGCAGCACAGCAGCACAGCCGAACUGCAGAAGGCUGGAGUCAAGGAGGAGACAUGGAAGCUGAUGGAAGCAGACAAAGCGCAGACAGGGCAGGUGCAGCUGUCAGUGUACUGGGACUACAUGAAGGCCAUUGGCCUCUUCAUCUCCUUCUUGAGUAUCUUCCUCUUCCUAUGCAACCAUGUGUCUGCACUGGCCUCCAAUUAUUGGCUGAGCCUCUGGACAGAUGACCACCCUACUAUCAAUGGGACUCAGGAGCACAGGACGUACCGACUGAGUGUCUAUGGGGCCUUGGGCAUCUUACAAGGUGUCUCAGUAUUUGGCUACUCCAUGGCUGUGUCCAUUGGGGGCAUCUUUGCUUCCCGCCAUCUCCACCUGGACCUGCUGCGUAAUGUCCUGCGCUCGCCCAUGAGCUUCUUUGAGCGCACACCCAGUGGGAACCUAGUAAACCGUUUCUCCAAGGA